AUGGCACUGUACGAAGAUGCCGAAGCACAGGACGACUGCAGCGAGUGCCCGGUGUGCUACGAGAUCCUACGGGGAACGGAGAGAACCUUGAGCUGCGGUCAUGUCUUCUGCCACGACUGCCUGGUCAAGAUGCUGAUCAGCAUCCACACCGAAGGCCAAAUCCAAAACACUAUCGCCUGUCCCGUGUGUAGACACCUCACCUUCAUCAGGAAGCGGCACGAAGAGCCGCUCGCCUUGGCGGAGGACGCCAAAGCGGAGGCGGAGGAGGACGGCGGAGCCGGAGGGGGAAGCGGCUGCGGUAGGCAAACUUUGGAGGUGCCCGUGGGGACGCCGCUCGUUCGCCUCGAGGACGCCGCGUCCGCUACUUCUCUCUUCGGGCGGCUGCGGCGUUUCUUCUACCCGGGCUCCGGAGGCCAUCGGCGGCAGGGCUUCGUCCGGGGCGACGCUUGCAGUCACUCGGAGAUCUUCAUCAUCAGCGCCCGGGGGAGACCCAUGACCGAGGAGGACACGUUCAGCGUGGUGUUGACGGUGGUACGGCCGCCGAGGAGGCACCGCCGUCGGGUGUGCAGCACGUCUCGAUGCCUGCUGGUGCUGCUGUCCACCUUCACCCUGAUUGCGCUCGUGGCAGCCGUUUUGCCUUGGAUCCUUCUUGCCUAA